GAUGCAUCCACAAAAAAUGGUGACAGUAAGAUUGGACUUGUUGGCUCAAAUUUCAGAAAUUAAAUCAUUUAAUUUUCCCAUAAAAAUACUGCUGACUUUCUUUUAGUGUUUACACACGUGAAGCACCAAUAAUUCUCAUGCACUCCUCCAAGUUGGUCCUUUAAACCAGUUCUUCUUCUCUUCUUUCCCCCUCUCAUCACUGGCAUACCCAUCUUUCUUCUUUUAACAUUUCUGUACACUCUUUUUCAUUUAUCAAAAUAAAAAUACUUGAUUGCAAUGGCAGAAGCAAAAACUCUACUGAUAUCAAUGUUACUUCCUCUUCUUUUAUUAUUAUUACUCACAAUUAGUAUUGAAGAGGUUCAGUGUUUGCAACACAAGGCAGUUUAUUCUGUUAAGAAACUUCAAUGGAGAAAGCUCAGUCAUACACUAAAGUGUCAUCCACAAAAAUCAAGGAGAGACAAGGGUUCACUUACACUCGAAAUGAAGCACUGCGAUUACUGCUCCGAGAAAACCCAAACUUGGGAUAAGGUGAUUCGGAACCGCUUGAUAUCCGACAAUAGUAGGGUGCACUAUCUGCAAGCAAAAAUAAAGAAACAAGUUCCUGGCAAAAUGGUUUACAGCACAAAAGACGAAAUCCCAUUGUAUUCUGGAGUUAAACUUUUAACUCUGAACUACAUUAUUACACUUCAAUUGGGUAAAAGGAAUAUGACGGUACUUGUGGAUACAGGAAGCGAUCUUACAUGGGUUCAAUGCGAACCUUGCAAAUUAUGUUACAGCCAGCAAGACCCUAUCCUGAAUCCAGGCCUCUCCCGUUCAUACAAAUCUGUUGCAUGCAAUUCAUCCAGUUGCCAGUCUCUUGAAGGUGCAACUGGGUUUGCAGGAGUCUGCGGUGCCGAUCAAAAAAAUAGCUGCAAUUAUGUAGUAAACUAUGGUGAUGGAUCCUAUACUCGUGGAGAACUAGGACGAGAACGACUCUAUGUCGGUAAAACUUAUGUGAAAGAUUUUGUCUUCGGAUGUGGAAGAAACAAUAAAGGACUAUUCGGAGGAGCUUCUGGUAUACUGGGUCUAGGAAGAAGCAAUCUCUCACUAAUUUCUCAAACUUACAAAAAGUUCGAUGGUGUUUUCUCUUACUGUUUGCCUUCAACUGAGGUUGAUUCUUCGGGUUCUUUAACUUUUGGCCGGGAUGCUUCUGUGUACAAGAAUUCCACACCUAUUUCUUACACUAAAAUGAUCUCAAACCCAGAACCCUCCACUUUUUAUUUUCUAAACCUUACUAGUUUUAGCAUUGGAGGGGUGGCUAUACAGGCUCCUGGGUUUGCUACAGGUAGAACCUUAAUUGAUUCAGGAACUGUGAUUUCAAGACUUGUUCCAUCAGUUUACAAUGCUCUAAAAACUGAGUUCCUUAAACAGUUCUCGGGGUAUCCAAGGGCACCAAGUUACUCAAUAUUAGAUACUUGUUUUAACUUGUCAGCGUAUGAAAAUGUGAACAUUCCUACACUGAAUAUGCAUUUUGAAGAUACUGUCAAAGUAAACGUGGAUGUGCUAGGUAUGUUUUAUUUUGCUAAAGAUGAUGCUUCUCAAGUUUGUUUAGCUCUUGCUAGUCUAUCAUCAGAAGAUGAAGUUGGGAUAAUUGGAAACUUUCAGCAGAGGAAUCUAAGGAUUGUUUAUGAUACUAAGAAAUCCAAGGUGGGGUUUGCAGAAGAGGCUUGCAGUUAUACCUAGAGAAAGAGAGAGAGAUGAUAAUGAGAUUAUAGUAUGGAAAUAAACAUACUUGUAAGCGAAGUACACUGUUUCUCUAGUGAAGGAGUUCCGUCACCUGAUCUGGGAAGGGAAAGAAGAUGUAUAGCUAGGAUUUGGUGAUCUAUUUUGUUUUUAAACGUUUUUCAAUAACUACUUCCCUGCAGCAAAGAGAGAGAGAGAGAGGUGUUGAAGUGUUAAGCUAGGAUAGUUGUCUAUAUUGUGCAUUUACUCGAUCUUGUUGCUAUCAUCUUCCAAGAACUAAGUACUACUAAAAAUCAUUUGUGCUGA